AUGCCCCUCCUUAUUUAUAAGUUCAUCCCUAAUGGAACCCUUUGCCAUCUCAUUCAUGACUUUAAUGAAGAGUACUCGAGGUCAUGGGAUAUUCGAUUACACAUUGCAGUGGAGGUUGCGAGUGCAAUUUCUUACUUGCACUCAUUUGCAUCCACCCCCAUUUAUCAUCAAGAUAUCAAGUCUAGUAACAUACUACUAGAUGAAAAGUUUCGAGCAAAAGUAUCAAACUUCGGAGCAUCUAGAUCAAUUGACAUUGAUCAACCUCAUUUGACCACUCAAGUGCUUGGGACUUUUGGGUACUUGGAUCUUGAAUACUUUCAGUCAACUCAAUUUACUGAAAAGAGUGAUGUUUAUUAUUUCAUAGUGAUUAUUGUCGAGCUCUUAAUUAGAAAAAAGGAAAUCUCGACAUUCAGAUCGCAAGAAAAGAGAGGCUUAGUCUCAUAUUUUAUGUCGUCGGUGGAAGAAAAUCAUCUGCUGGAUAUUGUUGAUGUUGAAAUUGGGAAGGACGGUCAAAGUGAUGAAGUAGUAGCAGUUGCUUAA